GGAAAGCGCAAGCCCGCCUAUUAGGAACUUCGAAGGGGGCCUACAGCUUGCAAUUUAUCACGCAUGCGCAUUCUCCUCUCGCUGAUUGGCGUGAGCCUGCACUUUCUACCUUUCUCUCUCUUCCCCUCCCCCCUCUCUCACAGGCCCCUAGCAACGAUCACCGUGGAGACCGGGAAGACGCCUUCCCGGCCCUGCGGAUUGGCUGCACCCGGCCUAGCUGCAGCGUACAUUGGCUGGAAAGUCGCUAGAGGGUCAGACCUUGGCAGUCGCUGCCAGAGAAUAGGCUCUCAGAAACCUAGACUGGAGAGAUCUGGUGCUGACUUGAGACACCGAGGAGAUGAAGCCCAGCGAGAAGUCCAGCCCGUAUCUGGGAGGUGAAGGUGCAGUCGGAGCUUGAACAGCCCUCUGAACUGCGACGGGAACCGGAGAAGGAUAUCAGUUCAGUGAAUGCAUCAGCCAUGAUGGGAACAGGUGUGCGGACCGAUUCAGCUCCAGUGGGCUCCGCCUGUAUGGAAGCGGACGAAGAUCCAGGAGCCAACUUGUUCCCGCCGCCUCUGCCCCAACCCCGGAUCUGCAUGUGGAAAUACCUGGACAUCCAUUCCAUGCACCGGCUGGAGAAGACCUCCAACGUUGAGGAGAUGAGGGAAGUACUGGCUGAGCUGUUGAAGAUUGGUUGUCCUGAGCAGAACUUGCGGGAUGCCAUCACCCUGGACCUUUACUCCCAUGCGCUCAUCUUCUGCCGACAGCAGGGCUUCUCACUGGAGCAGACAUCGGUGGCUUGUGCCCUGCUCCAAGAUCUUCACAAGGCCUGUGCUGCAACUCCUUUGGGCAACGUGGAGGAAUGCUACCGCUACUUUACCAGUGUUCUUUUCUGCCAUGGAGUCAGGCGGCCCCCAUUCAGUAUCGACCUCUUUAAGGAGGAACAGCUGCUGGCCCUGGCAGACUACGUGGUCAACACCUACUUUCGCCACUUCAAACUCUACAAAUAUGUCUUCACACCCCAGGUACGGUUGGAUCUAUCUUUGACUUACAUGGGGCUACAGCCACCCAAACUCUGGCCAAAGGAGAAAGAAGGAGAGGAGGCAGAGGAACAGGCACUCACCCCACAGGAGGAAGAACUGGAGAUAGUGGCCCAGCCAGAGCAAGAGUCAAGCCAGGUCUGCGUCCUCCGAACCUACAUCAAGACCCAACUUAAUAAGGAGCUGGGGCAGCUCCAGCAGCUGGUGGAGGAACGACCUGAAGGCCAGCGAGGAAAGGCUGAGCACCAAGUUGACUGCUCUAGAGCGACCUCAUCAGCUACCUCCAAGCAAAAACAAGAACAAGACUAAGUGACCCCCAACAUUUUCCCCAAUAAAAGCCUGGGCCAGAGUGCCCCGUCCUGGCCCACCCUCCUGAGCACCUUCCAACAGACAGGUACAUGAUGUCCCUAGCAUGGAGCAGAUUUUAUUUCAGAUGCAGCACAAGCAGCAUGGACAAGGCCAGGCACAGCAUUCAGAAUGGCUCCCUUCCACCCCAGCUCUGAUUUCCAAGCCCUGGCCAGUGGAGUAGGUGCACAGGGCUGUUCUCUCCAACAGUGGCAUGAUCAGUGGUGGACCUUGCUAGGCAGGGGAGCCUGAGGUCAGAGCCCAGAGGGGCUGGAAUGAUAAAAAAGUCUCCUCCUGGAGAAUCCUGCUUUCUGAGACUGCCCAGGGCUAAGAUUCUAGCCCAGCACCAGUGCUGCCUCUUCCUCAGUGACAGCAGUGGAGUCCCCCUCCUCUUCAGUGCCCACGAGGGGAAAAGGCCCAGGGGGCCUGUGCUGGAAGAGAGCUGCCCGGUUCUGCUGCUCGCCCUUCUUCACCCAGUGCCCAUAGAGUCGGAAGGCACAGUUGUCAAUGAGGCGUCGCACUGGCCGCAGUGCAUAGGGAUCCCUCAACAGUGCACUCUUGGUUAGUGGCCGUACUCGGUGUGUGCUUAAGGCCACUCGUCCAGCAGCCAGCACUGUCCACACUGCCACCUGGGGAAUGAGGGCAGUGUGAGCUCUAGUGGAGCAUCCAUCAGGAAAGGUCACAGGUCAGACACAGGUGCAGACCCUGAUAGUCUCAGGCUUACCCGGAACCGCUGGCGGGGUGUGAGAUUCCAGGGUUGGCUGCCUUCACAGCGCUCAAAGAAGGGAUGCUGCAAGGCCUGCUCAGCUGUCAGGCGCUCCUCGGGAUCCACCUGUAGCAGCCUUGAGAUCUAGAGGAAACUCCAGAACAUGAGGGGCAGAUCCUGGGGCUUCCCCAUUGUCCUCUCAUAGCCCAAGCUCACCAGAUCUUUGACGGUGUUUGAACGGUCAUCCCACUCAGGUGAACUAAACUGAUACUGGCCCUCCAUGAUCAUGCGUAACAUCAGGAUCUGGCGCCGGUGCCAGAAUGGUGGUGAGCCAGCCAGGAGUGUGAACAGGAUCACCCCACAGGCCCAGCUGAGAAAAAGACUAGUAUCAGGCAAGCCUAGGUAACAAGCAAUGUGAAGGACAGUACAUAUGGGAGAGAAGACCAGACACUCACAGGUCAACCUCCUUGCCAUAGCCGGGGUGGGUUUCAUCCAUGGAGCAUUUAAGGAUCUCUGGUGCCAGAUACCCUGGAGUCCCACACAACUCUGGGGAGAGAUGGCAGAGAUUGAGGGGAUGCCACCAGCCCCCUCCAAGGCCUUUAAUACCAGAUCUCUGCUGGAGUUAGCAGUGUUCCCACUCUGUUCCUGCCUGCUUCCUACUGAACCUCAGAACUAGACACUGUCUCUGCUGAACAACUCAACCCACCAAGAUGCCUGGUGGCCUUGCUGAGAAAACCUGGUUUGGGGACUGACUUCAAGGUCCUACCCAAACAUAUCAUUUGCCUCCAACAUUCCAGCCAAGCUAACCUAUCUAUUCCUCAAACAAUAUGUUACCACAUUUUGACACACAUGACACAUAUGGGAAACUGAAUGUUUUUUGGCAUUUCUUUCUGCCUCCAAAUUAUAAUUUCUCUUCUGGUUAGUGGAACUACCACUCAAGGGGAGCAAGUAGAAGUAUGGGAUUCCUUUUUGUGUGUGUGAUACUAAGGAUCGAAUCUAAGUGCUACUACUGAGCUGCAUUAUCAGUUGCACCCCCCACCCCCACUUUUUUUGGUAGUACUGGGGAAAUUAUUGAGACAGGAUCU